AUGGACGAUAAACAACUCCGAAAUAGCUCCUGUGGUCCUGACAAUAUCCACACUAGAUGUUUAAAGAACUACACGGAAUUAUUGAUCAAACAUUUAACUAAAUUAUUUAACUUUAUAUUAAAUAUUGGAUAUGUACCAAAUGGAUGGAAAAAGGCUAAUAUUAUUCUCUUAUUAAAGCCAAAUGAAGAUAAACAACAGCCUUCAAGUUAUCGUCCAAUAAGUCUCCUUAGUUGUCUUGGUAAACGUUUGGAGAAAAUAAUGAAACAACGUCUGAUGAACAUCCUGGAACAACGAAACAUUCUACCAGAACAUCAAGCCGGCUUCAGACCUAAAAAGAGCACAUUAAACAACAUCAUAAGGUUGACUAAGUAUGCUCGUAAUAAUCUAGAACAAAAUGGUCGUCGACGUCAUUCAGCAGUCAUUCUAUUUGAUAUUAAAGCAGCCUUCGACUCUGUCUGGCAUGAUGGACUAAUAUAUAAAUUAAAUGAACUACGUAUUCCAAAAUAUUUAAUGUAUUAUCUUAUUUCAUUCCUCCAAAAUCGAACUGCUUCAAUUGAAAUAGAAAACAGCUUAUCAAAACUAUUACAUCUUAACAGCGGUACUCCUCAAGGAUCUCCGUUAUCACCAUUAUUAUACAUUAUAUACACGGCAGAUUCAAUGAACGGAGUACCUGAACAUACACAAUAUGAUUUAUUUGCUGACGACACUGCAUUAUGGACAUCACCAAAUAUAACAUCAAGCCUUAGCUCCAGACUACAACAAGCUUCAGAUGCUUUUCAAAGCUGGUGUAAAUCAUGGAAGUUAAAGCUUCAGCCAACAAAAACUGAAUUAGUACAUUUCACCCUCCAUCCAAGAAGAAAAUUCAAAAAUCCAAUAAUCAGUAAAAAUAGAUAA